ACAAAAAGUGCUAUCUAAUUUUUAUUGGCUAAAAUUUUUUCUCCCUUCCUCAAAACGCAUCGUUUCAUUAAUGGACAUUUAGGGUUAGGCUUCUUCUUCGUCCUGGUGCACGGCUAGUUGCUCCAAGCCGACGUUCGUCGGAGAAACAAAGCUCUCUAUGGCUGUGGAUAAGGGCAAACCUCAAGAAGAAGCUUCGCUAGCCCAUUUCUACAAGAUAGUUCUCAGUUGGGACUACUUCCAUCUUCUCAAAGAAGCCAAUAAGAGGAAGGGUGAUAUAGAAGAAGGAGGUGGUUUGGGGCUGAAGAAGGUGAAGACUACCUACAAAGACAUUGAUGAUUAUAUUUCUACUUUUGAGCCUCUUAUUUUCGAAGAAGUUAAAGCCCAAAUUGCUCAGAAAAAAGAUGAAGAAGAAGUUGCAGAAUGGGAGAGCAGAGUGGUAGUGGAAUGCAAUGAGGUUGAUGGGUUUCAUUUAGUAACUGUAAACUAUGCACAUGACGAGGAAUCAAUAUCGCAAAAUGAUCUUUUGCUUCUUUCAAAAGUCAAGUUUCAAGUGGGUACAAAACUGCCAACAACAUAUGCAUUUGCUUUGGUGGAAAGUUGCCAGAAUAAUCGAAUUAUACUUAGAAUGUAUUUGGCUGGAGAAGUUACACAUAUGAAAACAAAUGGCAUUGAUUCAUGUUCAAGGCUGUUGAAUAUGCGGUCGAUGAUUACUUCUACUAAUGAUGCAGACAGAUUCUUUAACAGUUUAAAGAUUUGCAGCUUAUCAACUAUCACUCGUGAAUAUACAGCUCUACGAUCAAUUGGUACUCUUCCUUUUAAGGAUUUGAUAAUUACAGCUGCUCAAAACAAUUUUGAUCCAGAAAUCCAGGCCUGGAAAAUUUCUAGACAUCUGGAGGAAUAUAUAAAAGACAAUCUCAAUGAAUCUCAAUGGGAAGCCAUACAGGCUGGUUUAUCGCGUAAACCCUUUGUUCUGAUACAGGGUCCUCCAGGAACAGGAAAGACACAAACGAUCCUUGGAAUUCUCAGUUCCAUUUUGCAUGCAACUCCAGCAAGAGUACACUCCAGGGGUGGCUCACUCAACGUAAAGCACGGGCCAGACUUGUCGUUUAAGGAAAAAAUCAAUCAUUGGGGACGAGCAGCACCUUGGCUCAGCGGUAGUAAUCCUAGAGAUGAUGUAAUGCCCGUUGAUGGUGAUGAUGGUUUUUUCCCAACCACUGGAAAUGAAUUGAUGCAGAAACCAGAAGCAGUUAAUUCGAGCCGUAAAUAUCGUGUGCGUGUUCUUGUAUGUGCCCCAUCGAACUCUGCACUAGAUGAGAUUGUAUUGCGUGUUCUAAAUAAUGGUGUACAUGAUGAAAAUAGUCGUUCAUAUAAUCCUAAAAUUGUACGCAUUGGUCUUAAGCCACAUCAUUCCGUUCGUGCAGUCUCCAUGGAUAAUCUGGUAAAGCAAAAGCAUGAAAGCAUGGAGGCUGAUAAAGACAGAUUUAGAGCUGCAGGAAGUGAUAAGGACAGUAUUCGUGCUGCAAUUCUGGAGCAGGCUGUGAUUGUCUUUUCCACCCUUAGCUUCAGUGGUUCAACUCUUUUCAGUAAGUGGAAUCGUGGUUUUGAUGUUGUUAUAAUAGAUGAAGCCGGCCAAGCUGUGGAACCAGCUACUCUUGUUCCACUGGCCAAUGGAUGCAAACAAGUAUUUCUUGUUGGAGAUCCAGUUCAACUUCCAGCUACUGUAAUUUCUCCCAUUGCUGAGAAAUUUGGAUAUGGUAUGAGUUUGUUUGAGAGAUUUCAGAAGGCAGGUUAUCCAGUGACUAUGCUGAAGAUGCAGUAUCGUAUGCAUCCAGAGAUAAGGAGAUUUCCUUCGGCAGAGUUCUAUGCGGAGUCAUUGGAAGAUGGUCCUAAUAUUGAAGAGCAGACAAAACGUUCCUGGCAUGAAUACAGAUGCUUUGGGCCAUUUUGCUUCUUUAACUUGCAUGAAGGAAAAGAAUCCCAGCCCUUAGGAAGUGGUUCCUGGGUAAACAUUGAUGAGGUUGAAUUUGUCUUCCUCCUGUAUCAUAAAUUGGUGAGUACAUAUCCAGAGCUGAAAUCAAGUCAACAACUUGCAAUUAUAUCCCCAUAUAGUGCACAAGUAAGUCUCUUGAAAGAGCGGUUUAAGGAGACUUUUGGGGUGGAGUCAGAGAAGGUAGUGGACAUUACUACUGUGGAUGGUUGCCAGGGACGUGAAAAGGAUGUUGCAAUAUUUUCUUGUGUUAGGGCAAGUGAGAAAAGAAGCAUUGGGUUUUUGGCUGAUUUUCGGCGAAUGAAUGUUGGCAUAACUAGAGCAAAGUCUUCUGUUUUGGUGGUGGGUUCUGCAUCGACACUGAGAAAGGGUGAUGAGCACUGGAAUAACUUAGUUGAAAGUGCUGAGAAGAGAGAUUGUUUAUUCAAGGUGUCGAAGCCAUACACUGCAUUCUUUAGUGAUGAAAAUCUGAAAUCCAUUAAAAAGAAGGAUGAGUCCUCAGCGAGGGAGGCAAAUCUGGGUGAUGAAUUGGAUUACAGUGCACCCAUCUACAAUCAAGGAGAUGCUGACCAAUUGCAUGGAGACGAAAAUGACUUUGGAGAUGGAGACAUGGACAUGGAUGAUGGGGGCUAUGAUGAGGACUAAGUCAUAAUUUUCAACCGGCUUAACCUUUUUUUUUUUUUUUUUUUUUUCAGUGGAAAUUAUUUAAUUUUUAUAUGAUACAAUGCACAGUUACAUCCUAUAAUUAAUAACAAAAUCUGAUGCGCAUGAGCCGCACUGUUGUUUCUUUUGAAACUUGAAAAUAAGAAAGGGUCGAUUUGUUUGACA